AUGUCGUUGGCAGAUCAAUGGCUGUCUGUGGACGUUAACCCUGAAACACGGGCAGAGAUUCAGCGUCUGGUUGACGCAAACGACACGGCCUCGCUGCACGAGCGUCUGGGCGGCCGAAUUGUGUUUGGAACCGCUGGUUUGCGCGCCAAGAUGGAGGCCGGGUUCACCCGAAUGAACGACGUUACCGUUGUCCAGGCAACACAGGGCCUAGCCGAGUAUAUGAAGACGUGCCACGCAGAGCUGUCGGUCGUGGUGGGCCACGACCACAGACACCACUCUCGGCGGUUUGCCGAGCUCACGGCGGCGGUGUUUUUGCUCAAGGGGUUUAAAGUGUACUAUCUGGGCAAGGGGCUUGCCGCGACGCCGUUGGUGCCGUUUUCUGUGGAUUAUUAUAAAACGUGUGGUGGAAUCAUGAUAACCGCGUCGCAUAACCCCAAGGACGACAAUGGGUACAAAGUUUAUUGGAGCAACGGAUGCCAAAUAAUCCCUCCGCACGACCACAAGAUCCAGCAAUCGAUCCUGCAGAACCUGGAGGUGGUGUUUGACGACCCCACCUGGGACACCGAGCUGGUAUUCCGCAAACACGCUGACAGGCUUGUCUUGGUCAGAAACGAGGUUAUACAUAACUACACACAAAGGGUAAAGCAAAGUUUGCUCAAGACCCCGUCUUUCUCCUUCAAGGCAGUGUAUACAGCAAUGCAUGGGGUCGGCACUGAGUUUGUGAAACAGGCUGUUCCUCAAGACUGUCUGGUUUAUGCUGUUGAGCAAUGUGAGCCAGAUCCAGAUUUCCCCACAGUGACGUUUCCGAACCCGGAGGAGAAGGGCGCGCUUGAUCUGGCUGUUCAGACGGCAGAGAAGGCCGGGCUGUCGCUGGUGGUGGCCAAUGACCCGGACGCAGACCGGUUUUCUGCGGCUGUCAAAGUUCCCGGCGGAUGGAAGCAGCUGACCGGGAACGAGCUCGGGUUCCUGUUUGCACAGUAUGUCACGUCGCAGAUGGACGAUGUCAGCAACGUGUGGCUGGUGAAUUCGACGGUGUCGUCGCAGAUGAUUGCGUCGAUGGCCAAAGUGGAAGGGUUCCAGUUUCAGGACACGCUGACCGGGUUCAAGUGGAUUGGAAAUAAAGUUAUCGAUUUGGAAUUGCAAGGUUAUGUUUGUCCGUUUGCAUACGAAGAGGCAAUUGGGUUCCUUUUCUCUGUGGUGCACGACAAGGACGGCAUUUCUGCACUCGUGGUGUUCCUCCAAAUGUACCAGCACUGGCUCGACACGGGCAAAACUGCCGUCGACGUGCUGGAAGAAGGGUACCAAAAAUACGGUUAUUUCAAAGAGUGCAACGGUUAUUACGUUGUUCCAGACCCGGAGAUAACCACCAGCAUCUUCGAAUCAAUAAGACACUCAGCCAAACCGUACCCGGCUACCAUUGGCGAGUUUAAAGUCAUAUCUUGGCGAGAUCUCACUGUUGGCUACGACUCGACCACACCAGACACCAAGCCUCUGUUGCCCGUGGACAGCUCUUCGCAGAUGAUCACCGUGGUGCUUUCGACAGCCACCGCGGACGAGGUGCGGUUUACGGCCCGAGGCUCCGGCACAGAGCCCAAGCUGAAGGUGUACAUUGAGGCGAAGAGCGGCACGGAAGCCGGGGCCGCCAGCCUGGCACGCCGUGUGUGGGACACCUUGCGCGACGAGUGGUUCCGUCCCACAGUUCACGGACUGCUCGAAAAGGUAAAAAGGGUCACCCAGUGUUAUUAUACCCAGUCACCGGCAAAGGCGAGAUGUUACGGUUUGGACAACAUCCGAAAAAGACAGAUUUGCCUACGUAAGUGGAAAUUGAAAAUAGACGCCGAGUUGUUACUGACCUAUAGGACGAGUGCGUAUGAGAUCAAGCCCAAGAAGAAAAACCAUGCUCGACAAAAGUGGUACACGGUGGUGGGCGCGUUGAUCGCGCUUUUAUUGCUGGUGUUGAUUGUGAGGAGCCACAGACCGGCCAAGUUCACGCUGGAGAUUGAGAAUUCGGAGCCAGCGCCGCCGGAAACCAGUCUGGGGCGCGAGGCCACGGGCGUGGACGAGGAGGACGCGUUGCCCGACACCGUUGAGUUGUACGACCUGAUGGACUACCAGGGGACUCCGGAAGGGAACAAGAACGGCGAGAUUGUUCUUUUGUUAAUUCCGUUAAGAAACGCCGCCAAGGUUCUCCCGUUGAUGUUCCGCAACAUGAUGAACAUGACCUACGAUCACAGCCUAAUAGACAUUGCAUUUCUCGUGAGUGACUGUUCAGAGGGAGACACCACUCUGGAGACGUUGUUUGAAUACUCACAGGCCAUGCAGAAAGGCGUUCUUUUGGACUUGCUCGACCAAAAGGAGAAAGAGACCCCAUCGACAGGUAUCAUUGGGUCAAGCGACCUGUAUCUGCAAUACAUGCCGUACGAUUAUGUCGAGAACGUGCGCAAGGCUUACUCGCCGCCAUACCAUUCCGAGUACCUCAAGCCGUUCCGUUCGGUGCAGAUCUACCAGAAAGAUUUCGGACAAGUUAUUGGACAAGGGUUCAGUGACAGACACGACGUGAAGGUCCAGGGGAUCCGCCGAAAGUUGAUGGGCCGUGCGCGUAACUGGCUUGUCAGCACCGCGCUGAAACCGUAUCAUUCGUGGGUCUACUGGCGAGACGUUGACAUUGAGACCUCGCCGGGAGAUAUCUUGGAGAGCAUGAUGCGGUUCUCGACAGCGUUUGACGUGAUUGUCCCCAACGUUUGGCGACCGCUACCGACGUUCUUGGGCAACGAGCAGCCUUAUGACCUCAACUCGUGGAUGGAGUCGAAGGAGGGCUUGGAGCUCGCAAAAACAUUGACGGAGGACGACGUUAUUGUGGAAGGGUACGCGGAGUACCCGACCUGGCGCGUGCAUCUGGCAUACAUUCGGGAGCAGGACGGAAACCCAGACGAGAUUGUCGACUUAGACGGCGUGGGAGGAGUUUCGAUCUUGUCCAAGGCCAAGGUUUUCCGUCAAGGCUCAAACUUCCCAGCAUUCACGUUUAUGAACCAUGCCGAAACGGAGGCUUUCGGCAAGUUGAGCAAAAAAAUGGGAUUCCGCGUUGGUGGGCUGCCGCACUACACGAUCUGGCACAUCUACGAGCCAUCGGAAGACGAUCUGAUCCAAAUAUCCCGCAUGGAAAGGAAAAAGAGAAGACACAGAGCUAAGAAAGGAGGUCGCUGGAGCUUUCCUGCGAGGUUGGACACGGUUGCCGAACUUGCUGACGACAAGCUGGCCGCAGACACAGACGAGCUGGCGGACGUGGCCUUCGAGGUCGAAACAGAGCUGGUUUUCGUGGACAAGGUGGAUGCUGAGGAUGCUGAGCCAGUGGAGGCCGUGGAAGAUGCUGAGACUGUGCUUUGUGUUGGGGAAGCAGAUGACAUGGAUGCCACGAUCUCGACAGAAUUUCUGUCGGCGAGUCCGAGUCUGCUCUGGUCGAGGUCGAAAGAGACAUAA